GAAUGAUCAAGGCAGGGCAGCUUCUACAUGUUUUGAUACCUUAUGUAUCGUGCCACUCUAUGAUAAUUUGGCCCAUAAUCUCGCCUUGGACUAAUUCUUCACUUAUUCUUGGUAAAGGUCCUGAACAUCUGGACAUCGGUUUGCAUGGUGAGAUCCUCUGUAGGACGACAUGGGCACCGCCUUGAGCCAACAGCUCAGACAUGAACUCCGUUAUCGCACAGAUAUAUACAUGAGCAAAAAAAGCGACUGAUCAUCUACGUUGACACCCCAUGGAUACAGCAAUGAAAUGAUGUACGGAGCACUGAAGAUGGCCGGUAUUAAUACGUUGACAGUGCGACCAUCAGAAGGUCUUCAUUCCAGAAUCGAGGCUAUCCAGCUGUUUACAGGUCCUAAUUCUAAAGCAGAAGUCUUCAUCGCCAAUAUAUCUAUCAUGAGUGCGGGCCUUAACCUGCAUACUGCUUGUUGCAAAGGUUUACUAGUCAAUAUGCAUUUCAGCGCAAAGACUAUCUUGCAAAUGCACGGUCGGCUUAACCGCUUGGGACAAACGAAGGCCGUGAAGUGGCACAACCUCAAGGUUAAAAAUUCUUUUCACGACCACCAGGAGAGGGUAAUGCUCACCAAGUAUUCACGUCAGCUUUCCGCAGAGGCUAAUCUUCCGUCCUGGAUCACGGGCUCACUCAGAGAAGCUGUUCUCUUUGAGCUCAUGAAAGCCUACUUCAAUCAUCCGUUUAACCGCUAUGCCUGGGUCGUAACCUAUGACCUUGAUGGCAUCAAGAUGGACUAUUACACGGAGGCAAUCAUCAAAUUGGGAACGCCUGCUCGGCUCUUGCGAAGCUAACAAUAUCAUCGGAAAGAGCUCAGUACUGGACCGAUAACGAUGAAUGCUUAAUGUUUGCGCUGGCUAAGCUAGUCACGACGAUGACCUUGGAUGAAUUGCAGGAGUUGUUGGUUUGUGAUGAGGCUGUACUUCGCAGUCAGAUGGAGGCCAAGCUUGAGGACGUUGUUGCUCAGGUAAAGAUUGAUGAAACUGUAGUGAACGAGGCGAAGCUUCUCAAACAAAAAUUCGACGAACGUGAGAGGGAGUUUGAGUCUGACGAAUUGGUCAAUUCCGAGGAUAUGGAGGGCGGUGGUGAUUUUGAGGACGUGGCCGAGGUCGAGGAGGAAGAAAUUGAGUCAGAAGAGGAGUAGUCAGGUCAUCUAUUUUCACUUCACAUAUGAAAUCUUAG